AUGGCAUCCUCAUCUACAGGUAUGUAUGUAUCUGUAGAUUUUCAUUACAAUGGAUUCUUUUCGCCAAACCCAUUGGUGUACUUAGACCCCGUAAAAACAAAUGUACGUGAUGUGGAUUUUGGGGGAUUUACGUAUAAAGAGUUUCUUUUGUGGCUUACGAAAUUAACAAAUGGAGAAUGUGAUAAUGUCUACUACUGUAUGAGAAAGGAAAGCUUGUGUGAGGGUAUUAGAAGAAUCGACAGUGAUGUUGAUUAUUGGGAGUUUGUGGAGACUGUUUAUAGUCUGGAAAGUGAUAGUCUUGAGAGUGAGUUAGAUGUGUACAUUGACCACCAAAAUGAACCAAUUCUUGAUUGGGCUAAUAACGAGUUCUUAGAAGAUGGUAAAGGGUAUGAGUUGGAUGAAGAGGAUGACAAGGAUUCUGAAGUUUCAAUGACAAUGGAAUAUGAACAUGAAUGGGAUGAUGAAGAUGAACAUACUUUUGAUAAAACUGUUAGAGACCCAUUCUUGGACAAACUUUCAGGGCAUAUUAGUGAUGAUGAUGAAGAGGAAGCAAACAAUGGGAAACUUAAGGAUGUUGUGUUCCCUGUCCAUAAUGAGAAUCAAGAAUGGGAGCAAAUGGUGCCAGUUUUGGGUAUGAAGUUUUCUAAUCCAUUGGAAUUGAAGUUGUGUAUCACCAACUAUGCAGUCAAAAAUGGAUAUGAUUUAUGGUAUGAGAAAAGUGAUCAUGAAAGAGGUCAGUUGCUCUCUGCUAUAGGUAGAGAUGCAAAUAACCAUAUAUAUCCCAUUGCUUGGGCUAUUGUAUCAGUGGAAAGUAAAGAAACAUGGAAGUGGUUUAUUGACCUUCUAAUUGAGGACCUUGGAAUGGGAGUUGGGCAUGGACUAACCUUGAUAUCAGACCAACACAAAGGAUUACUUGAGGCUGUGAAGGAAAGGGUCCCAGCAGCAGAGCAUAGGCAAUGUGCUAGGCACAUAUAUGCUAACUUCCUGAAAAGGUUUAAGGGCCAAGUGUUUAGAAAGCUUUUCUGGUAUGCUGCUGCAACUACUACCCCUGCAAAAUUUGAACAACACAUGAAUGAAAUCAAGAAAUUAGAGCCACUAGCUUAUGACCAUUUGAUGGAAAGGGACCCUAAAACUUGGAGUAAAGCAUUUUUUCAGACUGAUAGGGCUUGUGAUGCAUAUGAAAAUGGUAUCUCUGAGAGUUUCAACUCUGUGAUUGAAGUUGCUAGGAAGAGACCACUAAUCACCAUGUUAGAAGAAAUUCGAAUUUAUGUGAUGGAGAGGCUUUAUAGACAGAAGAUUAAGGGGCAAUCUUGGGAUUUAACCAUAUGUCCUACCAUUAGGCUGAAGUUGUCCAAGCUUAAGGAUCUUCAAAGGUUUUGGAAAGUAAUACCAUCUGGUUAUCAACAGUAUGAAGUCAGACUUGGGUAUGAUGCAUAUGUUGCGGAUAUUGGUAGUAGGACAUGUGCCUGCAGAACUUGGCAGUUAACAGGUUACCCUUGUGUACAUGGGUAUGCUUGCAUUGCAAGCCUCAACAGGGAUGUAGAGGAACUACAUCAGCCCAUUGCCCCCAAAAGGAGAAGGCUACCAGGAAGACCAUCAACAAAAAGGAAAAGGGAUCAGAUUGAGAGGGAAAACCAAGGAAAAAAGCAUUCAAUCACAAAAAGAGGUAGUGUGAUGAAAUGCAACAUAUGUAGGGAAAGUGGGCAUAAUAGAACAACCUGUCCUCAGAAACCAAUUGGGGAAUCAUCAAAUGCAAGUUCAAAGAAAAAGAAAUCCAAGAAAGCUGAUAAAGUGAAGGUUGUAUUGGCACAUGAAGUUGAUAUUGACAGUGACAGUGAAGUUGAAAUAGAACCUCAAAGUGAUGUUGACUCUUUUGAUCUUGAAUUUGAAGAUGAUGUGCAACCUGAAGUUGAAGAUGGAGUAGAACUUGAAGUCCAAGAUGGAGUGCAACAUGAAGUUCAAGAUGAAGUGCAAGCUGAAGUUGAACCUGAAAAUCAUCCUGAAGUUCAUGAUGCUAACCAAGUUGAAGUUCACCUUGCAGUUCAAGCUGAAGUUGAACCUGAAGUGCAAGUUCAAGUUGAAGAUGCUAACCAAAUUGUAGUUCAAGAUCAAGUGGAAAUACCAGCUUUUCAAGUUGUGGUGGGAAAGAGGGCAAGGAAACCUUCAGAAAGAAUUACAAAACUGAAGAUAAGAAAGAUGUGGGAGGGAAAACAGGGCAGUAGUGAUGACAAUCCGUAUGAGUUGGAUUAACUUUUGGCUUAUUGUACUGUUGUUAAUGUUUUUGGCAUCUUUGACUGACAUCUUUUAACUUUGGAAUCUUUUGGCACAUCUUUUGAAAACUAGUUGGAAUAGCUUAACUUUUUGCACAUCUUUUGG